AAAAUUCCAGUCCCAAAGGGUUUCUCACUUUUGCGAAUCAAUGCCGGAGGUUUUGUUCUGAUGACGCUUUUAUUCUGAAAAGCUCCUUCCCGGAAGUGCUGUUCUUGUUAUUGCAGCGGAGCAGAGCACAGCUGCUCGGAGCGGAACACUCUGUGUCUUUAGCUCUCCAAUAUCACUUUCUUUCCAUCGUGCAUUCGCCUGACAGCGUACCGCUUCCUCGCUGUCUCCCGCCGCCUCAGACGGAUCCUGUAGCCGCUGACGUUGCUCCUUUUCGGCGGGUGUCUCGUGCCGUCUGUGUGCUCACGAGAGGAUGGUUUUGUCAACAUCACAGCAGGUCGCCCUGGCUUUCACGGCCGUGCUCUUCACGUUCGUCGUCCUGCCCAGGCUGUUUGGCGUCGGCGGCGGGUCCGGGGCGAAGGAAACUCCCAGUAGAUUUGACUCUCGCUACGCCAGAAAAGCGGGCCCGGGCCCGGGUGCAGUGAGAGGUCAGCCCAUCAACCUGAACGCCCCCGGCUCACCUCAGACCCCUGAGAACAUGCAGCAGAUGAAGAAGCUGAUGGAGCAAGAGCUGAAGGGCGACAAGUUCAAAUCCAACAGCAACAAGGGCUACGUGUUCACACUGAUGCCUCUCUACGCCAUCGGAGUUGGAGUGUUUGCUGCCUACAAGUUUUUGAAGAUCAAGUCUGCAGAUGACCAAGCACAAAAGGACAAAUUUGCAAAAGGGGCCAAAAAGUCAGUGGAGGCAGAGAACCAGUUGAACGAGCUGGAACAAAGGCUGGCGCAGACGGAGAGGAUGCUCAAUUCCAUCCUCACCCAGCUGGACCCGAUCACUAACUGUGUGAAGUCUGUGGCCCAGGAGCAGAAGAAUGAGAUCAUGUCUCAACUCCAGACCAUCCGGUACCUGAUGAAGAAGAGAGGAAUGGACUGUCCGCCCCUGAACAUCAACGAGGCAUCCUGCGGGCGUAAUCUGGACGACCUCAUUGAGUCACUCGGAGCCAACGACACCUCUGCAGUGGAAGCUUCUCUGUUGGACAAGUUGAGCUCUGCGGGAACAGCAGAGGCUUCUGAAAAGGUCUAUCAAAAGAGUUUGGAAGCUAAAGUUGAAGCUGCAACCGAAGGUGAAGAGAUGAAGGAGCUCAUACCGGAGGAAUCUGAAGGGGAAGCAGAGCAAGAAGGGAAUGUGGAGGAGGAUGAUAAAGAGGAGGAGGAGGAGGAGGAGGAGGAGGAGGAGGAGGAGGAGGAGGAGGAAGAAGGACUGGAGGACUCUGAGCUCAUGCCUUCACUAGAGGACUCAUGUGAGACAAACAUUGAGGAGGUCGGAGCGGAGCAGAGGGCGUCAGGCCUCAGACGACGCAACAGGCCUGAAUGAACUCACUGCAGGACUUCUGCACUGUACAGAAAUGAAUUAAUAUGAAUAUUUAUUACCUGAAAGGCUUUCAUUCCAAAAGGCUGUGUGCAUAUUCAUCCAAAACAUAUACAUUGCAUUCAUAAGAACCAAUUACCCCAUAAGGAAAGAAACAGUAAACACAUAGGGCUCUGUUUUCCUGCUGUUAUUGCUCGUAUAGGUGCAGUGUGCUGUGUGCAAAAGGUGUUUGGGGAUUAUUAAUCAUCCUCUCAGUCAGUCACAUUACUUGUCUCAUAAAAUUUUAACAGCUGUGCCAAUCACAGUGGUGUGUGACAAAAACACAGAUGAGAGGAUCCAGAAACUUCCUAUCUCAAAGAUAAGAUUCCUUAUUGAUAAGGUUAGUUAGGAUUUGCUUCUGCAAUACCAAAUUCAUCCUGUCUUAAAAUAAGCAAAUGCACAAUAAUAGAGCAGCUGUACGGAUUACACAAGUUAGCCAACACUACCCUUUGGAAAAGUGAACGCUAGAACAGCUUAACAGUUAUCCUAAAGUUAGGAAUGUUUAUUUAGGAUUGUGGGAAGUUAGGAAUGUUUAUUUAAGAAUGUGGGAAGUUAGGAUGUUUAUGUAAUUCACUUUUGCUAUCUUAAGUCAGGACAGGAACGUUGACUUUGGAACAGUUUGGAACAGCAUAACAGCUUUUUUCCUAAAUAAGGUCCUCACCCUGGUAACCGUGGUUCCCAAAAGUUAAGAAAAGAGGUUUCUGUAAUAUAAAAUUCUGUCCCUCCCCUUAUUUUCAUCCCUAACUGAACAUCCCCCACAGAUCUGUAUACAGAAACAUGUGCAUGAUUGUACAUUCUCACCACACACUGUGUUUUGAUAUGUGUGGGGAAGGUUGUUUGUGCAUACAUAUUGUUUAUGCAUCUUGCCCCAGGUCCUCAGACAUCCAUUCUCAGUGCUUUGUCAAAAAAAAACAAACCCCACCCUCACUUUUGGACCACACGCACUGCACUGGGCACAACAACACAGAAGAGACGUAGGAACCACAGGGUAGGGCUACUUACUGUAGUCUUUGUGUUGAAUUGAAAAUAUAGCCCACAAUGUCCUUUACUUAUCUGUUGUCACUUAUUAUCACAUUUUUAAACUUGCCUGAUUUUGGAAUGGAAUUUCUACAUUAUUCUAUAUAUAGUUUUUGUUUUACUAGCUCUGUGCUCGAAUGCUGAAUCCAAACAUUUAAGGUGUACAAUCUACACUGAAGGAGGAAGUGGUCAGUGUCACCUGUUGCUGCUUCGUAGCCUUUCCCAUUCCUUUCUUAUGGGGGACAACAGAUGUAACUAAUAAUAACAAACAUGGCUGCAUUCCAUUCAAGUGUUGCUGUCCUGGGGUCCUGGUACCCUGCAUACUGGCUUACUGACAUGUCUUACUGGGACAAUUGAAUGGAACAAACCCAUUGUUAAUAUUAGUUCCACCAGUGCUUUUCCUGCUAUGACGAGAAUCUGCAAUGAAAAGAGUCUUUUGACGUGAUUAUUCCACUAUGAUAAAUGCCACAGGUGUGUUAGUGUAGAGAAAAUGUGCUGUCAUUGUUUUCACUGUCUGAACUCUGUGCCACCCUUUAAUGCCACCCUCUACCCCUGCUAGGUAUGAGAAAAUUGCUGAGAUGAAUGAUUUCAUGACAAAACCCAUAGAAAUCUUGCUGUAAUGUUACUUUCUUAUUUUAUUAACACAUACUAAUUCAUUUUUAUCACAAAGGGAUUGACACUAAUGUUGCUGGAUGUGACUGCAGAAUAUUAUACACGUACACUAGAAGAGUGAACCCGGGGUUGUGGCAUGUUUCUACAUCAAAACGUAACUGCAUGAUUUUAUUUUUCAUGAUUUUGAUGAUUCUUUGCCUGCACAUUGUGACUGCAUGAUGUUUUUAUUUAUUUAUUCGAGAGGAAAAUGACAAUCAUUUGAUCAAGCAGAAACACAUGGACUGACAUCUCUCUUUCCACUGUUGUGUUUUAGUCCAGCAUUAUUUUGCAUGCUUCCAUGUUUGUUGGAUACCAGUAUCGUAGAGAGGAAUCACUUUGCCUUAUAUUUCAAUAAUUGUAUGAAGUUGUGAUUUGAUAUCCUUGUGAGAGGUCACUGUGAGGAGGCUUUCUGGUUGUUUCCAUGUUUUCUGUUGUUUGUUGACAUCAAGUUACUAUAACGGUACUCUAACUCUAAAUACAACAACCUAAUUCCUGAGUUUUUAAAAAAAUAAAAAAACACUCUUGCACCAGAGUUACAUCAGACAUUAAUCGCAGUAUGUAUGAUCAGUUUUACAUUAUAUGUCCCUGCCUGUUACAGAUUAGCACACAGUCAUUUCAUUUAACUGUGCAGUGUAUAAUAGUAGCUCAAAUGUUGAUGUAAAAUGUGAUAAAAAAUCAACAUAGAUAGUAGUGAUUAUCAUUUUUGCCUAAAUGAGAUGCCCCAGUUAUAUAGAAUUUGUCAUAAUAGAUCAAAGUAUGAAUUCUUCUUAUUGUGAAGUCCAAAAAUCAUUGCCUUAUCAGUGAGUAGAUAUUUGAGCUUUGCACACUGCAGGAUGUCUGGGUCGCCUUCAUAUUUUCCUAUGUUCCCACACACAAGUUUUACAUGUAAUGUGUUAUUGCCACACCUUGAGAACCACAAAUAUUUGCCUUAAUUUAUUUUGUAAAUGUUUUGUAUGUUCUUCCCAUUUAUGCAUAGUUCCAUUUCUGUAUUGAGUGUUGUGUUUGAUGUGGGGAUGAGUGAGGGAACUCAGCUCGCCUUAGUAGAAAAUAAAGCGACUAACAAAGUGA